AUGUCCAAUGUCGACUUGACCGGCGACGGUUUCAUCGGACUUGAUUACGACUCGAGAAACUACAUUCAGCCUCAGUCAUGGCCAGUGGCGGUGGACCACCAGGCCUCCCAACGAACAGAUGCCUCGCGAGACAUCUCACCCUUACAAACCAGCGGUCACUCCUUUGAGCAGCCGGUGGCCCAGGAUCCGAACCUCAUCGUUGACUGGCAAUUUCAGCAUUUACAACCCCACCUUCAGUAUCCUCAGGAUGAGGCAGCCGCCGCCCCCCAGUUCACAACCGCAAGCUAUGGCAUGACUAUCCACUCAUCGCCCGUUGAUCUGAUGUCGGGGCCUCACGGUCAGAUGAGCACAAGCCUGCUGGACGGUCCUUAUCUACCUCUCGCCGCGCCUGUCGACAUGGUCUCAUAUCCAUACCAGGAUCUUCAACAGGAUCUUCUCGGAUUCCAACCCAACGGCCUUCCCGACAUGUCUUCAUAUACCACCGCACCACAGCAGAGCAUGAUUGAAAGCAGCUCACCGACGGAUACGUAUCUCGAGGUUCGGUCGUUGACCAGCUCGAGCAGUGACAAUGGUUGGAGUAUGAUUGAGCCUCGUCAUUCACAUGAGUUCUCUUUUCCAGACCAGGUCUUCAUCAACCCAACACAGACCCUCCAUGACAGGAGUCUAUCUGAGUCAUCAUACUCGACCUCUUACGGUAGCUUUGUUGACGUCUCGAAUCCCGUCAAUUCGCCCUGCUCGGAAACCAAUUUCGAGUCUGCUUUCAACAGCCCUGUGAACCGACGCAUUUCCUACGACCACACAUCACAUGGCUCUCAAUCACCCACUGCAAUUAGCCCCGCCGCCAUUGUCAGACCCAUCCAAGUACCGGGAAAGAAGGACACUUCUCCAAGCCGCUCCUCCGCAUCGAACUCGUCCUCCCCGCCUAGCAGAAAGCCAUCUCGCAAGAGCCCAAUCGCAGCGAAAACAGCCGAGACCAAGGUCCGCAAGCAGUCACACAACAAGUCUGAUUCUACGGAGAAGAAGGUGGGCAAGCGUAAGGGCCCUCUUCGGCCUGACCAGCGAAAGCAAGCCAGUGAGAUUCGAAAGCUGAGAGCUUGUCUCCGCUGCAAGUUCCUGAAGAAGACUUGCGACAAGGGCGAACCAUGUGCGGGCUGCCAACCGUCACAUGCCAGAUUAUGGCAGGUUCCUUGCACCCGCAUUGACAUCAAGGAGAUUGGUUACUUCAUGAAAGACUGGAAGGCAGACUACGAACGACACAUCACCCUUGGCUUCUCGGUCGGCAACAUCAAGGGCUUUUCGGAACAAGAGAGAACCCUCUUUAUCACCCACGGCUAUGGCCAGGUUCUCCCCAUCAAUGCCCGCGAAGUAUAUGUGCAUAACGAACAGUGUUUCAGUAUCGACUGGGUGGAAUCCAUGCACCGUGAACCCAGCCAACAUGAAGUUGAAACAGCUAAAUUGUCCGCCGGUAUGGAAGGUGUCUCGCAUGCUAUGUUGUCCGACUAUCUAGAUCGUCAUAUUGACGGCAACGGUACUUUCGAGAAAUUUGUGGAUGACUACUUCGAGGGCACCCCCUUCUUGACGCAGAUGCUCAAGACCGCGUUCCGGUACUAUUUCCGUACAAAGAUGCCCGUUAUUCGCAAAGCUCUGAAACUUGUUCUUGCCUACAACCUGACUCUUCACGUCACCAUGGUGGAGGGUUUGGGUGAAGAGGAGGGUUUCUUGGGCAAAAUCGAAGAUCAAGACUCGAAGUUCAAGGGCAAGACAAUGGCACCCGUGAUGAUCAACUUCCAGAUCAAGUGUGCUAUGGCGAGCAUGUGGCGUGAGUUGCAGAAGGAUGUUCUUGAGGAAUUAUCCGGCCUCUACUCCAGCGUCUACAGUGGCGACAAGCUGAAGAACUGGCCUACAAUUUUCAUGUUGGCGUCCAUUCUUCUGGCUGUCUGGGAGGAAAUGCAGUUCGACAGUCAUUACCGCACUCCUGACGAUGCUGCUGUUAAUAAAUUCUGCACCGACAUGGAGACGACUCCUGUCGGCGUCAUUGUUGGCCUGUUCCAAGCGAUCUCUCAGAAAUUGCCUUCGUUCUCCGAUUGGGAAACCUCGAAGCACCAUCACUUGCUUCACUCGAAUCCCGACGUCUGCAACACUAUGACCGAGGUUCGCCAACAUGUUGAGAAAUUUGAGAGCUACCUCCGUGGCCGCACAGGCUCCAAAUUCAACCGGAAUGACUUUGACUGCCUAUCCAACAAAUUCGUUUCCAGACUUGUGAUUCGCGCGAAUUAG